AAUAUAUUACAUUUACGCACUGGAGUACUAUUUUUGAUCUUUCGCAAUCUGGAUCUAGGGUUUGCCCUUUUUCGAGACUCGUUCCAUACCAUCAUCAUCUUAAAAAAAGAAAAAAGAAAAAAAUCAAAUCCAAUUGAAAAAAAACCCUAGCAUCAUCCCCUUCCAUUAUAUACUUGACUGGUUUUAAUUUCUAUUUUUCAAUUCAAUCAAUCACAGAACAUCACUUCUCCUAUCGAUCUUUUAUUGAAGCAAAAUUGGAUGUUUUUGGAUCAUCGCAAAUACAGAUCUAUUAGAUCUUAAAAUCUGAGCAAUCAAAGUUCCCUAAUUUUGGAUUUUUGUUUUUUUCUUUAUAUUUCUCAGACAAAUCGGAUUAUUAUCUAAAUCUGAUGAUGACGGAAACCUAAAUACUACCGGAGCUUUCGAUUUUGAUAUUUUUUGAAGAAAAAGUUGAUUUUAGGGUUUUGAUUUUGAUUAUAUAAAAUUUUUGCUGGUAAAGAUGUAUAAAUCGGUGGUGUAUAAAGGAGAUGAAUUACUGGGAGAAGUAGAAAUAUAUGCACAACAAGAACAAAAGCUACAACAACAAGAGGAAUUGCAAGAACAAGAACAAGAACUGAAGAAGAAGAGAGUGAUAGAUGAGAUAUUGAAAGGAAUCAGAAUAAGCCACUUCUCGCAAGCAAGUGAGAGGUGUCCGCCACUGGCAGUGCUACAUACUAUAACUACAAAUGGGAUAUGCUUCAAAAUGGAGUCCAAGAAUUCAGUCUCUCUUGACACGCCGCUUCAUCUUUUGCACUCCUCCUGUAUUCAAGAAAGCAAGACUGCAGUAGUGCUGCUACAAGGAGGGGAGGAGCUUCAUUUAGUGGCAAUGUUUUCUAGAAAUGAUGAAAGGCAAUAUCCAUGUUUCUGGGCUUUCAAUAUCUCAUCUGGGCUUUACGAUUCUUGUCUUGUUAUGCUGAACCUUAGAUGUCUUGGCAUUGUAUUUGAUCUUGAUGAGACCCUCAUUGUUGCAAACACAAUGCGUUCAUUUGAAGAUAGAAUAGAGGCUUUGCAACGGAAAAUAAGCACUGAGUUGGACCCACAGCGUAUUUCCGGUAUGCUGUCAGAGGUCAAGCGUUAUCAGGAUGACAAGACCAUUUUGAAGCAAUAUGUGGACAAUGAUCAGGUUGUUGAAAAUGGAAGAGUGAUCAAAACUCAGUUUGAGGUUGUUCCAGCCUUGUCUGACAAUCAUCAAACUAUAGUGCGCCCUUUGAUACGGCUACAAGAGAGGAAUAUUAUUUUGACACGCAUCAAUCCGCAGAUUCGUGAUACAAGUGUUCUUGUGAGGUUGAGACCUGCGUGGGAAGAAUUAAGAAGCUACUUGACUGCUAGAGGGCGCAAGCGUUUUGAGGUUUAUGUUUGUACAAUGGCAGAAAGAGAUUAUGCUUUAGAAAUGUGGAGGCUUCUUGAUCCCGAGUCAAAUUUGAUAAACUCAAAAGAAUUGUUAGACCGGAUUGUGUGCGUCAAGUCUGGUUUAAGGAAGUCAUUGUUCAACGUUUUUCAAGAUGGAAUUUGUCAUCCUAAGAUGGCAUUAGUGAUUGAUGAUCGCUUAAAAGUGUGGGAUGAGAAGGAUCAACCUCGAGUGCAUGUUGUUCCUGCUUUUGCUCCAUAUUAUGCUCCACAAGCUGAAGCAAAUAAUGCUGUUCCGGUUUUGUGUGUUGCAAGAAAUGUUGCCUGCAAUGUCAGAGGUGGUUUCUUCAAAGAAUUUGAUGAGGGGCUUCUGCAAAGGAUACCUGAGAUUUCAUUUGAAGAUGAUAUGAAUGACAUUCCUUCUCCUCCUGAUGUGAGCAACUAUCUAGUUCCAGAGGAUGAUGCUUUUACUUCAAAUGGAAAUAGAGAUCCUCUUUCUUUUGAUGGCAUGGCAGAUGCUGAGGUUGAAAAACGACUAAAGGAAGCAAUAUCCAUUUCUUCAGCUUUCCCUUCAACAGUUGCUAAUUUAGAUGCAAGGCUUGUUCCUCCACUUCAGUAUACUAUGGCAUCUUCAAGUUCUAUUCCAGUGCCAACAUCGCAACCGGCAGUGGUGACAUUUCCAAGCAUGCAGCUCCCUCAGGCAGCUCCAUUAGUGAAACCAUUAGGUCAGGUUGUUCCUUCAGAACCAAGCUUACAAAGUUCUCCUGCUAGAGAAGAGGGUGAGGUGCCAGAAUCAGAGUUAGAUCCUGAUACAAGAAGGCGGCUUCUUAUAUUGCAACAUGGGCAAGAUCUAAGAGAUCCUGCACCGAGUGAAUCACCAUUUCCUGUUAGACCUUCAAAUUCAAUGCAAGUUUCAGUUCCACGUGUGCAGUCUCGUGGAAACUGGGUUCCCGUGGAGGAAGAAAUGAGUCCUAGGCAACUGAACCGAGCAGUAACCAGAGAAUUUCCAAUGGAUACAGAACCAAUGCACAUUGACAAGCACCGACCUCAUCAUCCAUCCUUUUUCCCUAAGGUUGAGAGUUCUAUUCCAUCUGAGAGAAUGCCUCAUGAGAACCAAAGAUUGCCAAAAGUGGCACCAUACAAAGAUGAUCGGUUGAGGUUAAACCAAACAAUGUCCAAUUAUCAGUCUCUCUCAGGAGAGGAAAAUUCAUUGAGCCGAUCAUCUUCCAGCAACAGAGAUCUCGACGUUGAAUCUGAUCGAGCUGUUUCAAGUGCGGAAACUCCAGUUCGGGUGUUACAUGAAAUUUCAAUGAAGUGUGGAGCAAAGGUGGAAUUCAAGCAUUCAUUGGUUAAUAGCAGAGAUCUGCAAUUCUCUGUUGAGGCUUGGUUUGCAGGAGAGAGAGUUGGUGAAGGAUUUGGUAGAACGAGAAGGGAAGCCCAAAGUGUUGCGGCUGAAGCUUCUAUAAAAAACUUGGCUAACAUAUAUAUAUCGCGUGCUAAGCCCGAUAAUGGGGCUCUACAUGGGGAUGCAAGUAAAUAUUCAAGUGCGAAUGAUAAUGGUUUUCUGGGUCAUGUUAAUUCUUUUGGAAGUCAGCCAUUACCCAAAGAUGAGAUUCUCUCAUAUUCAGAUUCCUCGGAGCAAUCCGGGCUUCUUGAUCCAAGGCUGGAAAGCUCUAAGAAAUCAAUGAGUUCAGUUAACGCACUCAAGGAAUUUUGCAUGAUGGAGGGGCUUGGUGUAAAUUUUCUGGCACAGACACCACUUUCAUCUAAUUCAGUCCAGAAUGCUGAAGUACAUGCUCAGGUUGAAAUUGAUGGACAGGUUAUGGGGAAGGGGAUUGGCUCAACAUUUGAUGAGGCUAAGAUGCAGGCUGCUGAGAAAGCCCUUGGAAGCCUGAGAACGACAUUUGGUCGAUUUCCACCUAAACGACAGGGUUCUCCAAGGCCAGUGCCAGGGAUGCCAAAUAAACAUCUAAAGCCAGAGUUUCCACGAGUUCUGCAGCGGAUGCCUUCUUCUGCUAGGUACCCCAAGAAUGCUCCUCCUGUUCCUUGACAUACAACCUAUUCUAUUCCACUUUGAUGUAGAGGACUGCAGUCUGUUUGGAUCCUGGACCUGCCGUUUAGCCAUUGAUACUUCUUUAAUCUACGCCAGAUGAAGCCAAGUGGAAGUUCAACAUUUCUGCUAUUAUUGCAGAUUGUUCUCAGCGACUCUUAUUCUGUGAUGUUCAAUUUUCUGGAUCUCAAGAGACUUUUAUCUCGCCUUUUUGAAUGCCUGUGACACGAUCCCUGUGUCAGAUCAGGCAUGCUAGAAGCUUGACAUGGCAAAGAAAAGUGAAGAUGACGAUGUGGUUGUAUAUCCCAAUUUGGUUUAUAUGGUGGCUGCUGUCAGUGCCUCCGGAUGCUCUACUUGGUUCAAAUUGUCCAUGGUGUUUCAUAAGAGUUUUAAGCAGAAGCAGGAAUGGUGUUCUGAUGAAGAGCAGCUUCUGGCUUGUAAUCUCAGGGUCCCUGCAUAUACUAACAAUUGACGGUGUUAUAGUAAGCUAAUCAACCAGUUCCUUUUGGCAUUGUCCCCCUGACAAGGUGAAGCGGCUUAUUGACUUUUGACAAAAUCCAAUGUAGUAGAGUUUCUCACUUCAAUAUAUAUAUAUAUAUAUAUGUGAGUAGAAAGUCUUGAGCCGAAUUGCAGAUUUUUCAUCUUUUGUUGAAGUAGGGAUGUGUUUUUUGGUCGCCCUUGAGGGGGAAAGUAUUAACAAAAAGAAGAAACAAACUCCCCUGUUAUUUUAGGAAGAGGAGAAUUGAGCAGCAGGGGAGGGUGUUGUUACUUGACUUGAGCAUUGUACAUGGAUGUGUAACUCUUUGCUGUUUAAUCUUAUUGGUGUGAAUGAGGUGCAAUAUUAUGGUCA